AUGGAAAAGAGCAAGGUGCUUGUGGUUGGUGGUACUGGGUACCUGGGGCGUAGGAUUGUUUCUGCAAGCCUAUCCCAAGGCCACCCAACGUAUGUUCUUCAAAGGCCAGAGAUUGGCCUUGACAUUGAUAAGCUCCAAAUUCUCUUGGCAUUCAAGAAGCAAGGGGCUCACCUUGUGGAGGGCUCAUUUUCUGAUCUGGAAAGCCUUGUCCGUGCUGUCAAGCUUGUUGAUGUUGUCAUCUGCCCCAUAUCUGGGGUACAUAUUCGGAGUCACAACAUUUUGCUGCAGCUCCAACUUGUUGAAGCUAUCAAAAGAGCCGGAAAUAUUAAGCGUUUUUUACCUUCAGAGUUUGGUCUAGAUCCACGACGUAUGGGACAUGCACUUGAACCUGGAAGAGUUACAUUUGAUGAUAAAAUGGUAGUGAGAAAGGCAAUACAAGAUGCUAAAAUCCCCUUCACUUAUGUAUGUGGUGCCGGCGUCGCUGGUUAUUUCGCCGGCAACCUUUCACAGAUGGGGACACUCGUUCCUCCAAAGGAGAGUGUUCUUAUUUAUGGAGAUGGUAAUGCUAAAG